CAGCUGUUUAUUCCUAAAAUGUGCAUAAAUGCAUUUAUUGUGAAAUUAAAACCGUGUACUAUAAAAAAAACAACGAGUUUUGCUUCAAUCUGUUGGCAUUUGAGUACCUGUAUUACAUAGAUGCUUUUAUAUCCAUCCUAUCGGAUGUAGAUCAUCUGUGUGCUUCAUUGGCAUUCCCUAAUUACAUCGCAUUACAAUAAAUGGGAAUUAUCCGGUUUAUUGAUCGAGGUUUGUCUGCCAUGAUGUCCAUAGCAGCCACCAGCGCAAGGCAGGGAAAGAAGUUCGCCGAGGGCACGCAGCCCUUCACGGUGCUCAUCGAGGGCAACAUCGGCAGCGGCAAGACCACCUAUCUGAAUCACUUUGAGAAGUACAAGGACGAUAUCUGCCUGCUGACGGAGCCCGUGGAGAAGUGGCGCAACGUGAACGGCGUCAAUCUGCUGGAGCUGAUGUACAAGGAGCCCAAGAAGUGGGCAAUGCCCUUUCAGUCUUAUGUCACACUGACCAUGCUGCAGGCGCACACAGCUCCCACCGACAAGAAGCUAAAAAUAAUGGAGCGCUCCAUUUUUAGCUCCCGGUACUGCUUUGUGGAGAAUAUGUAUCGCAAUGGUUCGCUGGAGGCGGGCAUGUACAACACGCUGCAGGAAUGGUACAAGUUCAUCGAGGAUUCCAUACACGUGCAGGCCGAUCUCAUUAUCUACUUGCGAACAUCCCCGGAAGUGGCGCACGAACGCAUCCGACAACGUGCCCGAUCCGAGGAGAGCUGUGUGCCGCUCAAGUAUCUCCAGGAGCUGCACGAACUGCACGAGGAUUGGCUCAUACAUCACCGCCGUACGCAGGCCUGCAAGGUGUUGGUGCUGGACGCCGACUUGAAUCUGGAGAAAAUUGGCAGCGAGUACCAGCGCUCGGAGACGAGCAUAUUCGAUGCUAUCUCAGGCACGCAUCAGCCAACGCAGGUGCUGGUGUCGCCCAGCAAACGCCAAAGAAUGUCCAGAUAACCGAUCUGAUCUGAUCUGUUCCGGCAAACAAUUGUAUCCCUGGUACCUAAUUUUCUUAAGUUUAAUGACGAUGUUGUUGGGCUCACACCGGUUGAGCCGCACACAAUCGAAGGCAAUGGAAAGGUGACCCCUAACCCUAAUAGAACACUUCCACCCUACGGUAAACACACACUACUCUAACAAUUAUAAUCACAUUAUAUUCUAUUCCUCUUAAUGUAGCUCAUAAGUCCAAAUUGUAAUAAAAGCGUAUAUGUCUGAAUGU